CCCUAGUGAAGGAAGUCUGCCUUACUUCAAAACCAAGGCCAUCUAAAGGAAGAGGAAAAACUACAUGUAUGAGGAAACUGCUCUCACCUAGUCAGUGCCGGACAUUCCAAUUUAAAAACCUACGGGAGAUCUGCAGGGACAGGUGCGGCCCUUUCAAGAGAACUUUUGAAAAAGCAGUUUGGGAAACAGCCAAGACUUUUGAAAAUGGAUUCCAUCUUGUCACUGGGUUCCCCCCUCAAGCAGUUCACCAGCACAUAUGUGACUGGAAAGAGCAGCUUGCCCCCAAAAGAGGCCAAGGGCCGCAGAAGCAGCUUCACACGCCGGAAGAGCAUCGGCAGGCGGAGAAGUCUGCCCUGCACAGGCCAGAAAGUUCCAGACGCACACUGGCUCAGAGUGUACCAGGCCGAACUGAAGAGAGAGAGGAAACGACAACAGGCCGUGCUGGCCAAGAAGAACGCUGAGCGCUCUGUCAGGAAAACCUACUUCAGGAGCCAUCACUGCCUUCCUAGGCAAACAACCACGACCAGAAAACCAGCAGCAAAAAAGGAUUCUCUUUUUGGAGCCUUCCAGGGCCUCAGUCUGGACAGUGUAAUGGGAGGUGUGAAUGCAUCUGCUGCAGCAGGGGGAGACCAGUGCAAAGUCAUGUGAACUAUGGAA